AUGGUUACGGCUACUAGACGGCGGACUCUCGAAGUCGCGCAACCCAUUACAAACCCGAAUGUUGAGGUUCGGAUAGAGACGAGGUCGAAGCGCAAAUCCGAUACUGCCGUUGCCCCAAACACCCAAACUCGGGGUGGCAAGCGCCGGAAGAGAGCAAGCCUGGAGUCGAAUCAAGAAAUAGAGAGCGAAACACCAUCCGAAACACCAGAGGUGACCCAGGAAGUCGACGCUGAGGCCGAACCUCAGCCGGAGCCUGAAGCUCAACCCGAGCCUGAACCCGAAGAAAAACCGGCCACAAAUGGGCCGACCAAGCACUUCCGAUUCGACAGCGAAGAACCAGAAAUCCCACUAGAUACCCCGGCCGAAGAGAACACAGAGACACCCCAGGAAAAAGAGGAUAGCGACGACGACAGCAGUGACGAUGAGGCUCCCGAAGCAAUUGACAAUUCUGCACAACUGUCCAAGAUCAGGUCAGAAGCUAAGAAAUUGGAGCAAGCCAAACAACUAGAGGAACAGGCGAAGAAAGAAAAGAGACGGCAAUUGGAUGAAUUGCGCAAAUCGCAAGCGAAGAUCUCCAACAAGAAAGACAAACUGGCAGACGAUUUGCUCUCCGAGAGCACGGAAACUCUUCAAGGCUCUACUACACAGGAUAUACAGCGGUCUGCGCUUCCGGCCCUCCUUCCGGAUGAUAUUUUGAACGCGGCACCUGCUACUCGACCUCUGACGCCUCCAUUGGAAGAACCGGAAGCCGGCCCCAAGAAGUCCAACAAACUCCGGUUCCUCGAAAAGAACGAAAAACGCCCGAAGGAUGUGAGAAUGGGCGAUGUCACCAUCCGUGUUCUAGACGGCGAACCUCCCCAGAAGAAGGCCAAAACCUCUUUGGCGCCGAAGGCCUCAAAAACGGGGCGGAAUGCUAAGGAGAAUUGGUUGAAUAAAUCCCGCAGCACGGGGAAUGUCAACGGUCUCCGGAGAACCAAGGGUGGCCCUUCAGGCUUUGUGCGGCGAUGA